UCGUCAACUUCGAGGAGGUUGAUGGGAUUGCAUGGCUGACGACCGCCAUGAUGGUCUUUGAAAAAUUUCCUCUAUACCUUCGAGUAAAGCGCUUAUUAUGCAUUCGUCAGGGAGGUGAGAUACCCAGCUUCACCAUGGACUAAAUUUAGAAACUCUACUCUUUCUAAUCGAACCACAAAAACCCGUCUAGGCGGGUUUUUUGGAGUGCUAUCUGCCUUGCAAUCGCGUGGCCUCGUGGUGCUCGUACGAGGACUAAGAACCACUCGGCGGGAUGAGCAAGCUUUCGUUCCGAGCUCGGGCGCUCGACGCCUCCAAGCCCAUGCCCAUAUUCCGGUCAGAAGAAAUCCCCGAUCUCCCGGAUUUCGCUGCGAUCAACAGAGCAGUGCCUCAGAUGCCGACGGGAAUGGAAAAAGAGGAAGAAUGUGAGCAUCAUCUACAGCGUGCGAUCUCAGCGCAGCAGGCAUUUGGUCAUACAGGAGAGCUGGUCAUUCCCACGCCCGAAGUGUACACCAUUGAAGAUGAACUCUUCGACGAGCUCUACCCUCCAAAUUACAAGAUUUCAAGGCAACUUAUUCACAUGCAACCAUUCGCAAUGGAUCAGGACAUCCCGGACUACGACAUGGACUCUGAGGACGAAAAAUGGCUCACACAGCAGGCAAAAAAGAUGGAAAUCAACCCGCUACAGUUUGAAGAGAUGAUGGACCGGCUAGAAAAGGGCAGUGGGCAGCAGGUGGUCACGUUGCACGAGGCAAAGACACUCCUAAAAGAAGAUGACGAUCUCAUCAUUGCAGUAUAUGACUAUUGGCUCAACAAAAGGUUACGAACGCAAUGCCCUUUGGUGCCUCAAGUUAAAUCUGAAAAGCGCGAUGGAUCAAAUAACAGUAACCCGUAUGUCGCUUUUCGGAGACGAACGGAAAAAAUGCAAACGAGAAAAAAUCGGAAAAACGAUGAGGCAUCGUAUGAAAAAAUGCUGAAACUGCGAAGGGACUUAAGUAGAGCCGUAACACUUCUAGAAAUGGUCAAGCGGCGGGAAAAGACGAAACGAGAGCACCUCCAUCUCACAAUAGAAGUGUUUGAAAAGAGGUAUCAAGUGGGUGACUUCACUGGCCAGAUCAUGGCAGAAGUAAUGGCCAUGAAGAAUUCCAGGCCAAGUUAUGUUUCUGUAAAUAAUAGUCAAUUGUCAAGGCAAGAAUCUAGGUUAUCAAAGCACCGGUCUGAAGAUGGCAUACCUCGAAGGAAGCGAGAGUACACAAAGCGCCGAAACAAAGAAACUCCUAGUCUGUGCACCAGCCAAGUGAGCUAUGCCCGGUCAGAGCUGGAAAUGGGCCUGUCUGACAUGCCAAGCUCAGAUGAUGAGGCGCUAUCACCGGUUACAUCGCCAUCUGACAAUGAGGACGAAAAUGAUCCGGAUGGUCCUUACGCUUUCAAACGGAAGAAGUACUGCAACUACCAUGCUCCGCUCUUGGAGAGGCUCGGGAACUACCCCUGGUGUAGUCCUGAGGAAGGGGGUGCGGGAGAGCGCAAGUAUCGUUACUGCCUAACCACCCUGACUGUACCAAAGCCCCACUGCAUCGGUUUCGCCCGUCGGAGGAUAGGCAGAGGUGGCAGGGUAUUGCUGGAUCGAGCGUGGACUCCGUUGGACGACUACUGGCCAGACCUGGACGUAGCGCUAAACCAGUCUAUGCCUAAUGGCCUGCCUCCCAGCAAUGAUUUUCUGUCAGAGGUCAAGAAUGAAUGGUUGCACUUCCGGCCACAGCGCAAUGGCAGUGGGCUGCUACCCGAGACGUCACGGCCGGAGUCCCUUUCGGGGGGCCCCGUGGGGGCGGCAGCGGCUGCCGAAGCUGGGGUUGGUGCUGGCGGCGGCAGCCAUCACCACCCGGGCGUCUCUACACCCGUCACCCCUAGCAACGUGCCGUCCUCGUCGUCGGCCCCGACGACGGAUUACGAGAGCUUCCAGAGCCACCAGGAGGAGUUGUUUGAAAUGCAGCGCAAGCAGCUGGAGAGGUUAAAAGGUGUGACGACUGCGUCGGGAGCGAGCAAUAGCGCAGAAGGGGGCUCCAGGCAUCUCGGCAUCAGCAGUGGGGCACCUUUGGUGGCAUCUGCGCUGGGGAGUGCAGCACCCGGUAGGUCGUCGCACUCGACGCUGGAUCCCGCCAGUGUUGAGUUUGCCGUGUCCGCACUGCUGAGCACGACGGAGGUGUCUGGUAUUCUGAACUCAUUAGUGUCCUCGCCAUCAGUAACUACGGCGGCCUCCCUAGGAGACGGAUCUGGGUCCACUGUCACAGCUGCAGCUCACGCAAGGCUUGCAGUGGCAGCAGCUAAUGGUCCUUCGGCAGACGCAGUGCGAACAGCCAGCGAAGGUGAUUUGCUGCGAACAACACCCAAGCAGCAGCCCGGAGGCCAAGUGACUCCUGAUGCUGGUGCAGAAGCUGACUCGCACGUAAUGGCUGCACUGCCACCCGUGGAGCUUGGGAACAAGCUACCAGCAUCACUCACAGACCUCCGGUAUUCCAUCCUUGAACAGAAUGGAAACGAAGGGAACAAGGCACGCCAUGAGCUGAGCAGCAGCAACCUCGGUCGAGUCAAGUUGGAGCCGGAUGGGGCAUUGCCGAUGGACGUGACCUGACAGCCGCCCCACCGCCUUCUGGAGUUUUACCGAGUUUACCGCUGCCAGCUCGUCCGGGCUAUGGCAGUUCACGUUGCCUCAUCCGAAGGCGUAAGGCCACUGUCGGCACAAGCCGCUUCUCCCACUCGGCCAUUGGAACUAGCAGUGCGGUGCAUCUGGGAGAGGUGCCUAGAUCAGGCCCACCGACGCUCACCCGAUUGGGGCAGGAUACCUCGUCGUCGCCGCCGCCUCUUUUUGGCUGGACGCCGGAAAAAAAAAAAAAAACCUUUGUGUUCUGCUCAACUGACGCAUGUUGUGACAGCUGUGGCCCUCCUGUUUGUUACCGUUUGUCGUUGGUUGUCGGCACCGAGAAACGGGAAGAGUAGAGAAUGCGGUGGUUGCCCGCUGGUGGUGGUGCCGCUGCCUCUGUCGGCUUUUCGUCUCCGUCUUUUCCAGGUUGUUUUUUCCCGCUGGCGGUAUUUAUUUUGUGCUGGUCACUAGGUGCAGAUCUAUCUUGAUUUGUCCCAGAGUACAAUUUAGCAUUUGCCCAAUUGGUCUACAUGUUCAACGUAGAAAAGCAUUUCAAAAAUUCACUCCUAUUUGCCUAAAAUGCGAAAGAUGAUUCUUACGCCUGACUGUCACACAUAGCCUUUGUGAACACUCCAAUGCUUGCAAGCUUCAGCAUCCAAAAUUAGCAGUGUUGCCGUGUAAAUUCGAGCUGAGGAAUUGCAUUCAUCUGUUUAGCCGCCAGUGGGAGUAGUUGAUUGCCCCUUUUUAAUUAAAGCAUACAGUCCUUUUACAAUCUGCUGUAAGCUUUGUUUCUGAGAGAUAGGCUGAUCAAAGUGAACUUCAGUUGUACAGUAGCUUCCUCCCCUCUUUUUGUUUCUGUGGCCCUCCCAAAUAUAACAAACCCAAGACAAGAAGACGAUGAAUAGAUAGACGUAAAGGGCUCUGUGCAAAAUGCUUGUUUCUGGUAACUGUGGUACUGGCUGUGUUGGUGUCACUGGUACAGAUGCUGUACCGAGCGUUGCAAACGUGUUGUUCAACAGUGUGUACAAUUGUAAAGAAGAAGAAAAAACAUUGUGCAAAUGCAUUAACUAUGUUUGGGGGGCGGCAAAGCAUACAAAGGGGAGGUCUUGCUUUGAGAGAAAAAACAAAGGUACUGCGGCAGUGUUUUUUUUUUUAGUCCGUUCAAGUAACUGUUGUGCACUCGUGUUUCAACAUUCUUUUGCCCUUUAACGGUGCGCAUCAGCGACGGCCACAUCCAUGGCUUGGUUCUGUAGCUGUGAUAAUACCUCAUAAACAGGGACUUCUUCGUGGGAAGGGUUCUCUGUUUUUUUUUCUUUGCCUUUUUAUUUUGGGGGUUUGGGAAAGGGGAUAAAGAGCAGAGAGGAGAGACAUGUCUGAGCUUGGGAGCUCUCCCUCAUCUCGUUGUACAAUGUGCUCUUGACAAUGUGUGUGUGUGUGUGGCAUGUGUGUGUGUAUGCACACUCAUCGUGUAAUUAAUGUAAGUGCUAGUAGAAUUCAUUUGUCAGGUGCAAGUGAGCGUGUGUGUGUGUUUGUGCCCGCAUUUGUGAACAUAUGCGUGUGUUAGCUUGCAUUGGCACGUUUUUUGAAACAAUGAAAAAAACAUAAAAACAACAAUAAACAAACCACGGGCUUGAUUAAGAAACACCAAGUUUGCAAAUGUUUAAAAAAAAAUGCACGCUAUUUGGUGAAUAUUUUAGAGACCUCACGGUGGAAAUGCAAAUGCAGUCAGAUAUGACUUUUUCAUUGGACUGUCAAACUUGUGCAUUCUGACAGCAACUGGGCCACACAAAAUGCCUCGUGUGUACUUUGAAAAUUGUUUAGUAUGUUCUUGUAAGUCUUUCGACGCUGCUGCUGCUCGGAAAACCUGUUAGGGAAAGAUGUGAUGCGAAUCCCCCCUCCUUCUGUAGGUUUGCCUGAAACAGUACCUCGAACCUCGACGUUCGCAGCAUCUAGGAGGAGGUCGAAGUUCGCAACAUGGAAGUGCUGAGUUCCAACUUUUAUUUGAGAACAUUGCAGGGAGGCUUGUUGGCUCCUCGGAAAUCUUUGUGUGCCAGCUUGUAAAUUAGCAAUCUCAGGGGUCUGUCUCUUUCUCCAUCUUUGGGCACUGUCAUUUAUAAUAAACUUUGUGCCUGCAAACUGUCCUGAAAUUUGCCAGUCAUUCCACACGUAUGUCUUGGCUCAGUGGCAGUGCGGUUCGUGUCGUGGCGUGUCGCUCACGCAUUCGCUUUAAGCCCGCUAGACAGUAGGAGAGAAGCGUGUUCAUAAAAUCACAAAAGAAAAAAAAAAGCACCUGCACAAAGCAAACGCGUAAGCAGGUGCUUUGGUUUAUGUAAAUUGGUAGCUCGGUAUGAAUGUAUGCGCGAUGCCAGAAGCAGCAUGAGAGCUAACGCAUUUCGAAGUACAACACUGUCGAGAGUGUGGUAUUGUUUUUUGUGCAUGAGUGUAUUGAUGUAAAUAGAAUUUUGUUUUUUCUUCCACCAUGAAGCUGUGACUGAAGUGAAGAGGUUUUUGUUAACUCUUCGACCCUGUAUAUAUUUUGUAUUUACGUUGAAGGAUGAAAUUGAGGGGAUAACAAAAAAUCUUCAUAUAUCAUUUGUAAAUAAGCAUGGUAGCCCUCACGGGAUUAAAGAUCUAACCGCCUCAAAAAA